AGGAACGAGAGAUGUUUAAGCGGCAGGCGGCCGAGGAUUGGGAGACCAUCCUCGUACAUAGAGCUAGAGAGCUGCGACCAGGUGGACGGCUGGUGAUAGCUCUUUUGGCCACGGAUAAAGAUAAGCAGUACACGGGAAACACGAAACGUAUUAAGUGCAAUGGCUACAACCUUUUGUCAAAACAGUGCCGCGAAUUGGUGAAUAAAGGCGUUAUUACUAAGGAAGAGUUUCAGAACAUGAACAUCAACGCUUACUAUCGCACAGAGGAAGAACUGAAGGAGCCUCUGAUCAAUGUCGAUUCUCCUGUUUAUAAGCUUGGCCUCCGCCUGGUAUCGAUUGAAGUAAAGCAAGUCAACUGCUACUUCCACGAUAGAUGGGUUGAAAGCGGCAAUGAUGGUGACAUUGCUGAGGCUCGUGCUCNCA